UGAGAAGACGCAUAUUUGUAAAUCGUAAGGGAAAAACAGAGAGAAGCAGCAGGAAAAAAUUGUAAAUUAAGAAUGCAAAUGAAUCCCAGCGUCACAAUCGAGCGCAAACGUGUAGAUUGCGCGGCAUUACCAAAGGGAUGGCAACGCGAAGAGGUGCUCAGAAAGUCUGGAAUCUCUGCGGGAUCAGGAAAAGUUGACGUCUAUUAUUACAGUCCAACAGGAAAAAAAAUAGAAACCAAGCCACAAUUGGCACGUCAAUUGGGCGAUGUGAUCGAUAUUAGCAACUUUGAUUUUCAAUCUGGCAAAAUGCUGCAGCAUCAUUUGCCAUCGCCCUCAAUAUCGCUAUAUCGCUGCAAUGCAUCCGGCACAAUUAUUAGUAGCACUGGUGUUGGGUGUGCCCCCAACGCACUAAAACGUAAAUUUAGAACCCAAGGCAGCAAUAACAACAAUACUAUUGCGACUACAACAGCAUCUCUAACGUCUACAUCACCGGCAACAGCAGCAACAACGGCAACAGCAAGCGCAAAUCUUCGCCAACAACUUGAAUUCAGUCGCGCCUUACGUACAGAUGUCUCUCUGGUGCCGCCGAUACGGCAAACCGCGUCGAUUUUUAAACAGCCCGUCACUGUAAUCCGCAAUCACGAGCCCAGCAAAGUAAAGCACGAUGCCAAGCAUGGUGGACAGGAGAAGCCCAAACAGUUGUUCUGGGAGAAACGCUUGGAGCGUCUGCGUGCAUGUCACGACACCGGUGAGGAACUGGACGAUAUAACACUGCCCAAAACGAUACGCACCGUCGGCCCCAAUGUCAACGAACAGACUGUGUUGCAAUCAGUAGCAACGGCGCUGCAUGUCCUUAAUGCUGGCGUCCAUGGCCAGACAUCCGCAAAGGCUGAUUUGACGAAAAAUGCCAUGGCAUUCAUGAAUCCCGAACAGCCUCUGAUGCAUGCGGUCAUCAUAUCAGAAGAUGACAUACGAAAGCAAGAGGAUAGGGUGAGUGUGGCGCGGCGAAAACUACAGGAUGCUCUCAAGACCUGAAUGCCAAGAUGUCGGCACACGAUCCAGCAAUUCCAUUACAGUUUACUCAUAUUCAUAUUAUACAUACAAACAUCUCUAUUUAUACGUGACAAUUAUGUUCACUUCCAUUCGUAAAAAAGGGGCAACAUUUUCUUUCCUUCCAUACAAAACAAAAACGGAGCCGUUUAAUUUACAAACUAAAUGAAAAUGAACCUUGGAGGAGCAAUUAUUUACAAUUAUUAAGUGUAUAAAUGUUGCCGCUUUGUAAAUUAUAAUUUUAAAUUUAGGCUUAGUUUAGAUUUUAAUAAAGUUGUACGUAACCAACAAAAGCCAAAAAUGUUAAAAA